UUUGCAAGCAGGCAGUGAAUACACAUCCAUGUGGCUCACCGUGUUAUCCUAUAUACCAUUGCCUUCCUCCAUGCAACCCGGAUAUACGAUGGUCAAAGUUUCCUCUUCCACCACCACCAUUGCCGCCGUUUUCUUCACCUCCGCCACCCAAUUUGCCCACAUAUGAUCAAAUAUGCAAGGCAUCUUCAGCUUUAAGGGGUCACACAAACAAUUGUAAUCCUAUUACAACCUCACUGCAAUCUGAACCAAAUACACCUUGUGGAUACAAUAUUUCGACGAAUUAUGAGCGCCCAACGUCGAAGGAUUGUAAUCAAUCCGAUUGUGAGUGCCAAACGGCAAUUACUUCAAUUCCAAAUGACCCAGUUUGUCAGCAUUACCAGAAUAUUUAUUCGUCGGAUUGUGAUUCUCCAGAUGUAACUACAUCCAAGGGAACUCCGGUUGGAGAAAUUUCUAGAAAUCUAUGUGAGUUGUUAAAAAUUAAUACUGUGCCCACAUGCGAGUGUCAAGAAGUCACACAAAGCCCAAAAGCUACGAGGAGACCUUUUACUCGUCCAGGUUUACCAAAAGAUAAUAAUAUGCAUCCAAACUCCAAAGACUAUAACGUUUCUCCUCCGUACAUAAGCUCAGAGGGCUCCUCCAUCUUAAUUUUUUUAAGAUGUAAGGCUGAUAACGAUGUAGAAGCGUACACACAGGAGUUGUGUCAGUUAUCAUCUUCAAAAACUCCUUCUACGCCGUCGGGAGAUUGCUCUACCUCAAGAAAGAGAGACGAUCAGAUUACACCUUCUGAGCAAAUUUAUUCUUCUAGUCCAACCGCUGAGUUUGCAUCAAAACCGAAAAGUGGGAGACUUUCAUCCCAAAUCGAUCUACGUGUAUCAUUAGUUACUCCAGAAAGAAAAUGUUAUUUUUUUGAUAUAUGUAAACAUUUAACAAGUACUACUAUACCAUCACAAGAAGACGUUCAAAAGAUAAUGACCGAAAAAAACAAUAGAUACAAAAGCAUUUGUAAAUCACAGUGCCAUAUAGAACCAACUAACAAAAAUAGAAUUCAUUCAAAACUAUCACUUGAAGAAUAUUGUAAAAAAUGUACUACACGUACAACUAGUGAUUCCUGUGAACAUAGGCCACAACCAUGGAUUUCGCAACAUUUUUUUGGUUUACAACCCAAGUAUCAAAGCAAUCCCACAGUUGCUAAUACUUGCUGGUACACAAAAGAGCGCGAAGAUUUUAAUUCUCAAAACCCUUUGAAACUAGAACAUUUUAAACCUCCGUUUGUUCCUGAGCUACCGGAACCACAAAAUACAUAUAAAGACUGCACUUGUAACCAAUAUCUUUCAAGACCUGUAUCACAAUUUUCUUCUAAACCACCGUGUCCAACGAAAAUUACACCGUGUCCAGAUCCACUCAAACGAUGCCCAACGAUAAACUCAUCUAAUCCCAGAUAUAAUCAUCUUCCAAUUUCUAAAGAAGAUUUUUGCCAGUCUAUACCUCGUUCUCAAAAUUAUUUACAGUUUCACAACAGAGAAUCAAAAUAUGAACCUGGUAUGGUGACUCCUCCACCGAGGAAUUAUAACUCUCCUGUCACAAAUUGUGCAGAAACUAAUAUGACACCUAAUAAGUCGUCGAAACCUUAUAAGCGGUCUGUACAGGAAAUGUUGCGACCACCCAUGAAUUCAGAAUCUCAAACUCGCUUUAAUAUGCAAAAACAAAUAGAUGAAGCAAAAAAAAGCAAAGAGAGACAACAUCGAGAUUUUUGCUGUCCUGUAGAAAGAGGUCAUAAUCAAAUUCCGUAUAAUCCAUGCUGUCCUGUAUACUAUAAAGGAAACUAUAAAACAUUCAGGAUGAUUUUCAUCUAUCUGGGAUUUCCGCUUAUCCUUUUUCAGAUGUACCGAAUAUACGCUAGUGGUGGUUUUAGUGACCACCAUAAAGUUAUGCCCUUUUGUGAGUACGAAUAUAUGCGACGUCGGACCAAAAGGUUCCCAUGGGGAGAUGGUAACAAUUCUUUAUUCCAUAACCCCGCAGUUAAUUAUUUACCCCAAGACUGCGAGGCCAACUGCAAGAGGAAAACGGAAUGCAUUUGCAAACAAUCUGAUUAGGACAUUUGGUAGGUUAUUAUGAAAACAACGUUUUAAAAUGUUGUUGUGUUUUAAUCGUGACUGACGUAUUGUAUGGGAUAAAAUUAACAACUGAACGAUUACGACUGUUGUUCUGUACAAUGUCGUUUAGUAUAAUUUUACUCUCUUACAUUAUGAUAAUCAAGUUACGGAUGACGCUUAAUUGUCUCCCUAUCGUAAAGAGAGC